AUGUCGGACUCCUACUUGAACCCAACGCCUCUGCAGAGCCAGCACGCGAACGAGAACCUUGGCCGCGACUUGACGCCUUUGCAAGCCCGGAAGAGACGGCUCCUCCGCACGACAACCGGAACUGACCGGCAGCCUCUGAAGCGAAGGCGAGUGACGGAGACACACCAAACGAGUUUAGAGCACCCGGAGCAGAUACAGACGAGUUUAGAGCACCCGGAACCCAGAUUUCCCGGUAGACCCGUCUCGUUCCCCCGGGACUUCCCCGAACCCCGUCACGACCUGCCAGCACGCGUUUCCGAGUGGCUGGAGACGAUUCCCGAGGCACGCCCCCAGUCGGAUAGCCAUCAUUCCCAUUCAGCCGCUCUGUCCGAGAUGGGCAACGCACCGGAUGCUGGUGACCUGGCAAACCUGGCGUCGGUUGGGACUACGGGCCCUUCUGGUAAAACUACCAAAUCAUCGUCAUCAUCUCUUGUCAAAGACCCAUUGUAUCGAGACGUCAACUUGGCCACGAACCACGUGUUCGUGCGCCCCCGUCGCGGCCCGAGGCCAGAAUUCGUCACCGGCCUGGUUGACAGGGUUAAUCAGCGCCGAGACUCUGAGGGCCCUUUAGAUGAUGAGAUCUUGCAAGAUGGACAUCUGGAGGACCUUUUAUGGGGCCCAACGGAAGCGGAAGUGCAACAAUAUGCGAUGAAGCACUUUUUCCCUACCACCGAGUCGUCCGACACACUCAGGUGCGACUGCAGACUGCCCAUGGCCAGACGCGUUGUUCCGGGUUCGGACUCGGAAUUCAGAGUCAGCAUUCCAGUGCCUGACGUGCUCUACGGGUACAAUCUCCGAGCGGCAUUCCCUAGGCAACAAGCCCAGCUGAACUCCUUGGAGGCCCAGGUGGUCGCCAAUAGCAAGGGUUUGGCGUUCCCGUUCUUGGUGGUCGAGUUCAAGGGUGGAGCGGGCAACUUCUGGGUCGCCGACAACCAGUGUCUCGGCGCAACAGCGUCCUGCGUCGAGAUGGCGGAAAUCCUGCGUCGCAAGUCAAAGAACUGCGGCAAUGGUGAGGCCCAGCCGCUCAACACCACCGCAUUCAGCAUCUGCAUGAACGGCUCGGAGGCGCGCCUCAACGUCUCGUGGAAGCACGACGAGGUGGACUACUACACGGCGCACGUCAAGAGUUUCUUGAUCCAGGAACCAGAGCAUUUUCGCGAGUUCCUCAAGGUAGUCCGGAACAUCAUUGACUGGGGCAACGGCGACCGGCUAAAGCAAAUCCAGGCCUCGCUGGACAGCCUUCCGGAAAGCGGCGAGCAGCAGGCGAAGCCGCAUCAGUCAUUACCCGAUCGUUCCGCGGCCAGCAGUGGUACAAGGCGCCGACCUAACCGCGCAAAAGCGGUGGGGGAUUUGCCAGAAACCAUGGCAGAAGCGGACGAGGACUCGCCAGAGGACGAGGAGGACUCGCCAGAGGAGGAGGAGGCUUUGCCAGAGGAGGAGGAGGCUUCGCCAGAAGAGGAGGAGGCUUCGCCAGAGACCAUCGCCCCAGAUGCCCCCACCACGCCUACCUUACGUAGGUCCCUGCGGUUCAAGUCCCUGCGCUCUACCGCCCAAAACACCGAUUCCCAGUCUUGAAUAAGCCGAGGACAGGCCGUUGACAUCGUGGUUCGUUUUCCCUCUGCGUAUAAUGACCAAACUUGGAGGUGAGCCG